UCCCUCCCCCUCGAAUCUCCCAAGGGCAGGCCCCCAUGAAACUAACGCAAUCGUAAUGUUGCAACCUAGUUAGUUCGCUAAGUUACUGCAAUUCACCCGUUGGCUGUAUAGACUGGUUCUUCCGCGUGCUACUUCGGUGUUAGUCUGGCCUGUAACUACGCAUUAAGACUUAGUUUGUCGACAGGUGUUUGUUAACUUAACGUUAGCAAGCCAGGUCGACUAAUAGUUAACCAACGUAAAAUAGCAAACGUUUGCUAACGAGGUUAGCUCGCGUACGUUAGUCAACGUUAGCUAGAUAGUUUUGUAACGAGUAUCCGUAUGAAUUAAUAAUUCAUGUGAAUUUCCGGCAGAAUAGACGCUUUUUGGCGUAUUGCUGCCUUUCUCAGUUCGGAAUGUGCAUUCCACAUUGUGACAAACACAAAAAUAAAGGGGAAACUUAAAUUGCACCAUCUUACUCUGCGCCAAUACACUAUCCCAUUCCAAUACUUGGCCCUAAAGGAUCCUACACCAGUCCGUCGGUCUGGGAGGAUGGAACCUCUUCUCUCAACUUCCUGUAGGUCUUCUGCACUAAAAGCUCUCUCAUAUUUCUCUGCUGCUGCAACUAACAUAUAUUCUGUGAUUUUCACUCCAUACGUGCAGUGCAUCACCAUGGCUGUAAACGCAAUAAAUACAAUAGGGAUGCACAAUAUAUCGUUAAGGAUAUCGGAAUCUGACGAUAUUAGGUACAAAUAUCGGCAUCGGCCCAAUGUCUAGUUUAACGCCGAUGUGCAAAACCGAUGUCAAACUUAAGUGCAUACCUUUAAAUGUAGAUAAAUGACGGCACAAAAAAUACAGUGCUACAUGUGCAACACAGCAUUCUUAACCUAGCCCACAAUGUCUGCUGUGUGGAUCUAUUUUGAAGUUUCAAAGGAAGAUAACAAAAAGGCCAUAUGCAAUGUUUGUGCUGCUAUUAUUUCCAGAUUAGGGGAGAAAGUGAAAACUUUAAAUACCACAAACCUGAUUACUCAUUUAUAAGUGCAUCACCCCCAGAAGUUCAGCAACUACUUAGAACAAAAGCAGAAAAAAACUAGGCACAUACUUCCAACAACUAAAGAAGUGCAAGUCAAACAGUCAUUUGAAAGAGUAAAAGAAAUCUGAUUAAACUCCAAGCCGAAAUCUAUUAACGCCAAGAUAAUGGAAUUCAUUGCCAUUGACAAUCAACCGUUCUCUGUUCGUGGAGGAUGUUUGCUUUCGCUAACUGGUUGAGCACCUCGAGCCCCGGUACACACUACCAAGUAGGUGCUAUUUUUCAGAUGUUGCCCUACUGGAAUUACACAGUAUUGUUAAAACACACAUCCAUGAACUACUUUCUAUGGGCAUCACUGCUAUUAGCUUCACGACUGACAUUUGGACCAGCGAUGUCAGCCCCAUGAGCAUGCAGAGUAUGACAGCACAGUGGGUCUAAGAGGAUUUCGUACUGAGGAAAGCUGUAUUGCAUGCUCAAGAAUGUGCUGGUUCUCAUACCGCUGCUGCCAUAUUUGAGAACACGUUUGAAACAUGAACACAAUCCUAGCUCCGUUCGAACAACUGGCUCGAGAAAUAAGCUCAUCAACUGGGUCUGCAGCAGAUGUGAUACCCUUUGUCGUGGCAUUGAAAAGCCUGCUCAACAAAACUGUAUACAGACCGUGGGGUUAAUUCUUGCAAAAGUACCCGACUGGAGGCUGUGAACAAGCGAUUCGGAGGCAUUCUCUCAGAGCCUCUUUACUGUGUCGCCACCAUGCUCGAUGCUAGGUACAAGGGCCGCUACUUCGAUGCAGACAAGAAAUAGGGUUUACGUGAAAUGUUACACAGCUGGACAAGAUGGAAACGGUCACAGUGACAGUGCGCACCGAGGAAGAGGACCCACGUCAGAAGAGGCCACGGACCAGACAGCUGAAACAUCACUGCUUGACAUCUAUGAUGAAAUCCUGGUUGAGAAUGAAACGACUGAACAACAUAACAGCACAGCAAGUCACCACAAAGGGAGCAGGGCUAAACCCCAAUGCCAAAGUCUGGCAGGAGAUCCCUGUGCCCCAGAGCCAAGUCCCAGAGGACGGCACGGAGGGCACCCACUGGCUAGAGACUACCCCCACUUCUGCUGAUGUCACUGAGGGUUAUUCAGAGGCUCCCCCAACUGAGGAUAAGGGGUACGGCACGGAGUACUCAGACCCGUCGGACAGUAGUGCCCGUUUACACACAGAGGGUGUACUGAACGGCAUGGAUCCCCCUAAGCUGGGGUACCCCCUCUAUGACUCUGUGACUGAGUCAGCAGUGGAGGAACAGCAGCCCCUCUCUGAAGAGAGCCUGAGAGAGUCUCUGAAGAAACAGCUGGAGUUUUGCUUCUCAAGAGAGAAUCUGUCCAAGGAUCUGUACCUGAUGUCCCAGAUGGAUAGUGAUCACUUUGUCCCCAUCUGGACCAUCGCCAGCAUUGAGGGCAUCAAGGUCCUCACUACCGACAUGGACCUCAUCCUGGAGGUACUACGAGCCUCGCCCAUGGUGCAAGUUGACGAGAUGGGGGAAAAGGUUCGGCCCAAUCACAAGCGCUGCAUCAUCAUUCUGAGGGAGGUGCCAGAGACCACACCUGUAGAGGAAGUGGAGGCCCUCUUUAAGAAUGAAAACUGUCCCAAGGUGAUGAGUGUUGAAUUUGCGGCCAACAACAACUGGUACAUCACAUUCCAGUCGGACACUGAUGCACAGCAGGCCCACAGAUAUCUAAGGGAAGAAGUGAAAACAUUUCAGGGAAAACCCAUCAUGGCUCGUAUCAAGGCCAUCAACACAUUCUUUGCGAAGAAUGGCUACCGUAGUGUACCGAACUCCAGUGUGUACAGCCAGCAGGGCCAGUCCCAGUAUAACUCAACACACCUCUACAUGCAGCAGGUGUUCAGCCCCCAGCAGCAGUACCCACUCUACCCCCUGGUGCCACCCACCUGGAACACAUCGCCUGCCCCUUACUUCCAGACCCCGUUGGCCCCGUUCCCCAACAGUGGCUUUGUGAACGGUUUCAGCACCCCUGGGAACUACAAGACUGGCACCAGUCCCUUGGGCCUCGGACGACCGCCCUUCAACAGAAACCGUGUCCCCCUCUAUUCUAGAAAGAAUGUAAUCAAUGCCUUCAGGAACCACGCGAAGAGCCAGCCCCGGCCAUGUGACGAGACCCCUCAUCCCUCUGUUACCCCCGUAUCCACCCUGGUGGAUGGCCUGUCGGGCCCCUCCAGCGCUCCUCCUCCCCGGGCAGCAGGGGCUCCCCUGGGUAGCACCCCUGAGCCUGGCCCUGUGCCCCCCACCCUCAGGGACACCCUGCCACUGGCUGCAGAGGGGAUGCCCAAUGGAGACCUGGGCAUUGCUGGCAGGGGCAGGAGAGGCAGCUACAGAGGGAUGCGGAGGAAGAGAGAGGACGAGAGGAUCACGAGGCCCAUCCCUCUGAGCGAGAUAAAGGUUCUACAGCCCAAGUUUGACCUGGCGACCUCCAACUUCCCUCCGUUGCCUGGGUGUGUGGUCAGCACGCAGGGAGAGACCGUGCUAGAGACUCGCAUGUCUGAUGUGGUUCGAGGCCUCAAGGUGACCAGCGACAAGCCUGAUGUGAAUAAGGAGUCUGUGGCCCCUCCUGCUAGUGCCCAAAAGGAGGCUGUGAGUGCGCCCAGUCAGGUCGUGCCGUCCCACAAACCCCCCACCCCUCUGGUUGUGGAGCCCCCUGUUCCAAGUGUUGCUCAUCCGGUGAAGAAAGUGGAGAAGCCUGAGCCUCAUGUCCAAAAAGAGCUGGCUCCACCCCCCACACCACCCUCUUCUCUGCCAACCCCCCCACAGCCCGACGCUGCAACCAAACCUACGCCCACCCACAGUCAGUCCAUCUCUACGGCAAUACCAUUUCCCACCACUACCACACCUGCACCGGAGUCAAGGAAACUGAGCUAUGCUGAGAUGUGCAAGCGGCCAGCCACCCAGCCCCCAGCGCCAAGCACCUCCCCAAACCCUCCCACCUCCCCGGCCAGCCAACCCCUGCGUGAACUGCGGGUCAACAAGGCCGACGAGCCCGCCACAUCCUCCAGCAGCGAUGGGGAUAGGCCUGAGAAACCCGAGUGGCCUGGAGAAGGCCAGCCCCACCUUGAUCCCUUUGGCUCAUACUGUGGGGUUAAUGGCCCUGCCCGAUCCGGAGGGAUGGGCCUAAAGUACCGGGAACAGCAGAGAGGUGCGUCCAUGAGCCGCCGCAUCUCCCCCCAGGGCUGGGCCAGACGGAGCGGGAAGGAACAGAACAUUCCCCCCCGGUCACCAAAGUAGUUUAAACAACAACCAACAGACUAACAGAAAAACAAACACAAAGCUAUAUACGUGUGUGUAUAUAUAUGUAAAGAGAUAAAUAUAUAUAUAUAUAUAUAUAUGUUAUUGGAUGAAAGAACACAUUCGCGUUCUUCAUCUUAAAGACCCCCCUGAAGCUCGGUCGGACAUCCGCUGACCUUUGUUUAGGAAAGACUGCAAGCGGUAAUCAUUUUAAGAGGGCCGACACGAGUGUUACAAAUCAUAAACUGAAGGACUUGUUUGAAAGAAUAGCGAGAGAUGCUUACAUGCUGCCUCACCUUGGUUAGCUUGAAGGCUGGGCCCUCCACUGCUAAAUCUAUGUUCAUUUGAUUUCUGUCAGUGGGGGAUGGGGGACAAAUGUACAGUAAUGCCUUGUAUCACCAGAAUACUGGUAGUUGCAAAGGGGAAAAAAGGAAAAGAGAAGAGCUGUUAGCAAAUCUAGUCAUUAUGCGACACAGCAAAAGAUGUGGACAUCCACCAAUAUGACAUCGUUAUGAGUUGAUACAUAUGAUGCAAUUUGUUGUUGGAGGGGUUGGCAAGUGAUUAUUUUGGCGAAGGGCUAAGGAUAGCUCAUAAAAUGUGUUUAUGUAGGUUGGAAGCGAGAGGGCCACAUGGUUUUAGAGAAGUGCCUAUUUUGAACUGUUCUGAGAGAGAGAGAGAGUGAGUUGGGAAGCCUGUCAAGCUGCACUUUCUUUUAGGUGAAGAAACGGUCUUGGAUACCUGUCAGCUAAGAGUCUGGAAUUAUUUUGUUCAGAAUCAAUGGGAAAAUAUUAAUUUAUUAGAAUCAAUGAUUUUUAUUUUCACGGUUGAUGGAAACUUUUGGUAUACCCUUGCUUGAGUAGGACAUUCAAACCUUUACGAUAAUGGUGCUUGGAUACCGUGCACAUGUGGGGAAAGGUUUGGAUAGUCAGGCUGUCGGUCACUGAAUUGUUAUAUUUUCCACUCUCCAUUUCCUAUUACUUUGAAACAUAUGGUUAAAUGUUUGAGUUGUUGGUCCCAACUGUCUGCCAAUCCUGUUUAGUUCAAAUAUGCUUUGGUUGGUUAAUGACGAUUGCGCCAACCAUUAGUGCAUAAUCUCUCCAUCCAGGUUCAAGUUCAGUAGGCGCAAGGUACUCAGAAGUUUUCCUAUAUGAACUGCUUGCUUUUGUUUUUUUUAAAGUGGUUUAAAGUUUUUUUUAAAGUUAAAAGAAAAAAGUGGUUUGCUACAGUGUGUUAUGAACAUGACCCACCAAUCCAUUGGUUGGGAUUUGAGUCGAUCAGGAAGUGUUGUCAUGGGUAACAGCUCAUGAGAAAGGGAGGAGUCUUCCCUUAGUGAAGGUAUUUGGUAGUUGAGGCAGUCAGCACUCGCAUUGUAGACACCUGACACGUUAUCAUGAAUUUGACAAUUUUAUACGUAGCCUUUUUAAAGGGGCAGUCUGCAGUUGCUACAUUCAUUAUUGGACCUAUUAUUAAUUUAUGUACCAACUUGAUUCUUCAAGUAUCAAAGCUUUGUUCCACUGUCAUACCCCAUCAGAACCCAAAAUAUAAGCCUGUUUUACUCCAAUGUUUGUAAACAAAGUAAAUGCAGACUAAAUCUAUAUAGCCUCAAAACAUGGUUAAAACUGUCAUUUUUAUGCAUCCAUAGCUCAGUCUAUGAAUUUUAGCUGUUACAUUUCUCCAACCCCAUCCCUCAGCUUUUUACUGUAACAGGGUAGGGAGAACGCUUUGUUUCAACUGCUGAUUGUCAUUUUAAGAAGAGUAGUUUUAAAUAUUUGUCUUGCAUAAAAGUUUAACCUGUUGUAUUAAUAUGUACAAUUAAGUGUACCUAUAUGUGGUCAAAUGCAGGAUACCGGCGUUAACAUAUACCUUCCUAUUUAUGUCUUGAUGGAACAGGUGGUCUUUAUCAUCAAAUAGAAACCUUUCCACCCCAGAUAUCUGGCCAUUUCAACAAGCCAUCAUAUCUGUGCAACAUGUUCCAGAGUAGUCUGCCAUGCAUUUUGGUAGCUCUUGUAUCAUGUAGAAUAGGUUAGAUGGUAUUUUAUAGAGUAGUAAUGGGAUCCCAAGCAUGAAACUAGUCUUUGGUACUAUGUAUUCGAGCUUGCUCAUUUUAAAAUGGCCUGAAUUCUGAAGUCAAGUAAACGUACUCAGUUCUCAUUCUCUUAUUUGUUGGCAUCAGGAAUUAAUCUAUAAAGGAGCUUACUGGUUUAGAGCAGCGAUCACUGGAAUUUUACGUUUUUAAUGUAAAUAAACUUUUUUUUUUUUUUAACUUUUUUAAAAAUAAAUUUGUCAGUAAAGUUCUUCCCCAGCAAGAGUCCGGUUAGUGUUCUGACUUCUCAAUUUGAGUUGAUAACAUGCAGUACCGAACCUGUCCCAGUAUGAGAUUAGGGGUGGCCAGUGGAGACUUCCAGGUGUGUUGAUAACAUGCCGUACCGAACCUGUCCCAGUAUGAGAUUAGGGGUGGCCAGUGGAGACUUCCAGGUGUGUUGAUAACAUGCCGUACCGAACCUGUCCCAGUAUGAGAUUAGGGGUGGCCAGUGGAGACUUCCAGGUGUGUUGAUAACAUGCCGUACCGAACCUGUCCCCGUAUGAGAUUAGGGGUGGCCAGUGGAGACUUCCAGGUGUGUUGAUAACAUGCAGUACCGAACCUGUCCCAGUAUGAGAUUAGGGGUGGCCAGUGGAGACUUCCAGGUGUGGUGUUGGUAGGUGUUUAGUGCUUAUCGUGUACAGAGGGCUGUUUUCUUGUCCGUGAAAUGCUGUCGAACUCUGAUCAUGUCCGUUUUGGGGUUAUCCUUUUUCAAUGUUGCCGUUGAUUGAGGGCAGAACGACUGUCGGAUAUUAGAGUUUUGGUGUCUGGCUAACUCAUAGGAUUAGGAUUUAGCUGCUUUUUUCCCUUGUACAUUUCACUUUUGGAUUUUCUCUUUACUGUCUUAGUUUCCUUUUGAUUGAAGAUUUUAAUGCAUAUCUCACGAUUGUUUUAAAUUCCGUACACGUCCAUUGUUUGAAAAAGGGAAGUUUGCGUAAUAUUAGGAGAGUUGACUUGACAUGGGGAGCAUCAACCUUCAGAUCUGUUCCUUUUCUAUGCGCUUGCAAACGCAUAAUUCAGCCUUUGUGUAUUAAUGGAUUGAACACUAUCCAGACCAUAAAUGUAUAGAGAUCAUUAUGUGAAAAUAACUUUUUUUGCAUGGACAUUGCCAUUUUAAAGUAGUCAACUGGGUGGGGAUUCCUAUGGAUUGGGAGCAAUCAACCAAUUAUCAGAGCAUUGACCGCCAACUAGCGGCCACGAGAAAUGAAUUACUCAAGAUUUGUUUCUAGACUUCAACACUGUAGCUGGUGGUAAGUUGCCAAUUUUUAGCUUUACACUUUUUUCCAUUAUCAGAAGAAAAUGGACUACUUUAAAUGGAGAUGGCCUCAUUGGCACAGAUACAACAUUGUGAUCUCUAUGAUCCAGACCAAAGUCAAGCAGGCAAAAAGACAACCUUGGGAACUUGCUCCAACACAACUGUUUCUGGGUGGGAUGUGGAGAACUCGUAACCCUCCUACUGUUGGAUGGAAAAGCUGUCAGUUAAUUGAUAAUGCUCCCUGUCCCUUGAUUGGCCAGUUAUGCUUGAUUAAUGUAGUCCUAUUUGAGGGAAGGCCACUUGUGUAGGUGUUCUGAAUGUUCUUGUACAGAUUUUGCGCCUAGAAGGCUGAUCUUUGGUCAGGUUUUUUUUUCUCCCUCUCUAUUAGUAAGCACAUUUUCCAUUUGAGUAAAUCUUUUGAAAAAGUUCCUCAGUUUGACUUUAGUUUUUUUUAUGUACUCUGAUGUACCCUUUUUCUUUCAAUGCAGUAAAAAAAAAUUGUGUGUUUUUCCCUAAAUGUGUGUGUGUAGUAUUUCCAAAACUGUUAUCUGAUUUGCUACUUGGGUAAAGUGAGAAUUUUGGGGACUGCCUGGGUGCUAGCAGUGUAGUAACAUGUUAUCUAUCUAACCACUGGGCCUAUGUUGUUUUAUAUUUUUACAUCCAUUAAUGGCUAAGUUAAGAGCAGCUAGUGGUGUUGUGGAAUGAAAUGCACUAACUUUUGUUUGAAAAUAAUCUCUUAAUCCUGUAAGGUGUAAAAUCAUUUUAGAUGUCUACAUUGAAGAAAAGGUGUUUAGCAGGUUUGCUGAAAUGAUUACAGGAAUAGGGUUUUAUUUUUCUUUAACUGUUUUGAUUUAGUUGUAGCACUUCCCUGCUGGGACAAAGGCGUUGGAGGGGGUGCAGCUGGGACAUGGUAAUGUACGAGGGUGGGAUGUGAGACACUCAAUUACUGAUUUAAUAGAUGUCUGAACAAAAACUUAAAAGAAUAAUAAAGUACAAAUAUUUCUUGUUUUUGCCUUAGAUGCUGAUUCUGGGUCCUGUGCUUGCAUUGAUUUUGCCAUCUGUGUAUUUCUAAAUGUUUUGUGUGGUGCUCUGUGGUCUUGUCCCCAACAUCUGUGUUAAGUGUGUGUGUCUCCACCAGUUAUACUUUAACAGUCUCCUUUCUUCAUGUCCAAAUAAACGUUUCAGGCCAAACCAAAA